AUGCGCGCGUUCACGGUGAGCGUGACAAGGCCGCAGCUCGUGCUUGCCACGGCAGUGGCGGCGCUGGUGUCGUCGUCACAGCUGCUCUUGCUGGCAGCCGCGGCGGAUCAGAUUGGGCGGCCCGGUUGCCCGACCGUCUGCGGGGACGUGAGCGUGCCGUACCCGUUCGGCAUCAGCCCCGAGUGCUCCCUGCCGGGGUUCAUCCUCACCUGCGACACCAGCCGCACCCCGCCGCGCCUGUCCCUCGGCGGCGACGGCACCCUCCAGGUCACCAACAUCUCCCUCGACAGCGCCACCGUCCGCGUCAGUGGGCCGGCCAUACACAUAAGCGUGCCAAGGACUAUCAUCACGACUGCAGGCAACGGGACAUGGGGCGGCCCGGCGUGGGGUCUCAGCGACGGUGGUAGCAACAUCCUGUCGGCGGCGAGCAACGAGCUCAUCAUCACAGGGUGCAACCUCUUCGUGGGGCUGCGAGUCACGGGAGACGUCAGGGUCAUCAACAGCUGUGGCACGCUCUGCGGCACCGUCCCGCCGGUGUGA